AUGAGCUUGAAAUGGUUUGUCGCAAGUUUACUGAUCAUCGAUCGAUUUUUUGUAUUCGUUUUGGCAGUUUGGGAAGCAUUGUUUGAACACGAACCUAUCAAAGCUUCUCUAAUGAUUUACCCAUUUUUACAUACUUUUACACUGUUGGCAAUGUUGAUCGCAACAAACGAAGUUCGAAAGGCAGGAAUUCAUUCAUCAGGAGUUUUGUUUUGCACUUGGAUGGCAUUUGCACUUGCAGCAGUUCCCGAAUUUUACCAAUGGGUUGUUAUUGGAAGCCAACCAGAGCUGGUAGCUCAUAUCGACUUCUUCCGAUAUGUUGCAUACCUGACAUAUUUUCCACUGGUCGUUGCAGAAUUUGCAUUACAUUUUGUUUCGGAUCCAUUUCCAAUGCCCGAUUCAAUAAAAAACUCGAACUGUCCUGAAGAAAAUGCCAAUUUUUUGAGUAGACAAUUUCUGUCAUGGUUUACACAAUUAAUUUCAAAAGGAAAUAAGAAAACAAUAGAUAUUGAUGAUAUAUUUGACUUGAGUCGGGACCUUGACCAAGAUUUUGUGAACUCAUUGUGGGACAAAGAAUGGAAACGCGAAUUGAAACGUGUAGAAUAUAAAAAUAUGGAAAUAAAACAAAAAAGUAGCGGAAGUAAAGAAACAGAACCUCUCAUUGGAAAUGUUCGAAACUAUGGCGCAGUGGAAGAUAUUGACGAUGAGUGGAAGAAUAAACCUUCUGUCAUUGGAACACUUUGGCGAAUCGUGAAAUGGGAAUUCCUGGCGGGCUGUUUCAUUAAGUUCAUUGGAGAUAUGCUCAACUUUGCAAAUCCGUUAUUUCUCAACCUUCUGAUAACAUAUAUCGAAACUCCCGGCGAACCACAAUAUGUCGGGAUUGCAUUGGCGUUCGGAUUAUUCAUUUUUGCUGAAAUUAAAUCUUUUAUUUUUAACAACUUUUUCGUUAUAAUGACGCGCGUCAGCACAAAAAUACAAAUUGCGCUGAGUUGUGCAAUUUACAAAAAAGCGCUGAGAAUCUCAAAUACCGUCAGAAAAAAUAGAACAACUGGAGAAAUGGUGAAUUUGAUGGCGAUCGAUAUUGAUCGAUUCAGGAUGAUUAUUCCGCAACUUCAACAGUAUUGGAGUAGUCCGGUCCAGAUUAUUCUGUGUUUGGUUCUUCUAUGGCAAAUUGUCGGAUAUUCGGUAUUAGCUGGAGUUGUUGUAAUGGUUUCAAUUAUUCCACUGAAUUUUGGACUUUCCGUCAUAACUAAGCGUUGGCAAUUGAAAUUGAUGAAAUACAAAGAUGAAAGAAUAAAACUGGUAAAUGAAGUUCUCAAUGGUAUAAAGGUUGUAAAACUGGUAGCUUGGGAGACAGCAAUGGAAAAAAAGAUAGAAGAAAUUCGUGCAAAAGAAUUGCAUAUGAUCAGAAAAAGUAUGCUCGUUCAAAACUUUUCGAAUUGUUUGAAUGUUGCAACCCCAGUUUUUGUUGCAAUUUUCACUUUCGCGCUAUUCACAAUCUCCAAUCCCAAUAAUGUACUAACUCCAAAUAUUGCUUUCGUUUCAAUCUCACUUUUCAAUCUUCUACGAGGACCACUAAUGAUGGCUGCUGAUUUAGUAUCACAAACAGUUCAGUGCAUUGUUUCAAAUAAGCGCAUCAAAUCAUUUUUACUUGAAGACGAAAUCGACGAAGAAGCUGUAAAUAAAGAAUUACGUGGUGAACUGUAUCACGACUCCGUUGAAGUUCAUAAUGCUAGCUUUGCCUGGGAAAAACAUGGAAACAAACAAUUGUCGUUUAUUGAUAUGAAGGUUAAAUCCAAUGAAUUAGUCAGUGUUGUUGGUUCGGUUGGAAGUGGAAAAUCGAGUCUUCUUUUAGCAACUCUUGGAGAAAUGGAAAAAAUCAAUGGCUACGUCGGAGUUCGUGGAUCGGUUGCUUAUGUUUCACAACAGCCUUGGAUCUUGAAUCAAUCUUUACGACAGAACAUAAUAAUGCAGUCGGAAUUCAAUAAGGUAUUAUAUGAUAAAAUCGUUGAAGCAUGUGCACUUAAAGAGGAUCUAAAGCAAUUACCAGAUGGAGAUUUGACAGAAAUAGGAGAAAAGGGUGUUAAUUUAUCUGGCGGCCAAAAAGCAAGAAUAUCGUUAGCUCGAGCGGUUUAUCAGAAUAAAGACGUGUAUUUUCUGGAUGAUCCAUUAUCCGCUGUUGAUGCUCAUGUCGCAAAGCAUAUUUUUAAAAAUGUCAUAGGACCAAACGGUCUUCUUUCCCAUACAACUAGAGUUUUUGUUACAAAUACUACAUCAUUUUUAAAGGAAUCUGAUAGAAUUCUGGUUUUGAAAGGUGGAGUUGUUCAUCAUUUUGACACAUUUGACAAUUUAAUGAAAAAUGAUGAAGCGCGAGUUUACUUAGAGGAAGUAAACGAAGAGGAACUGGAAAAGGCCAAGGAAGGCGAGACUGAGGAAGAAAUUGACUUUGACAGUGAUGAUGAACAAAAAAGUUCAGUAUCGAUAAUGUCAAAAUCUUCAUCACGAAAAAAGAAGUCAGUGGUUUCGAAGAUGUCAACUAAAACCCCAAAAGCUUUAAUAACAAAGGAGGAAGCUGCUUCUGGAAAAGUGAAAUUCUCUAUUUACAUGCUCUAUUUCAAAUCAAUGGGAAUAUUAAAAUAUGUGUUGCCUUAUAUCAUAACAGUUUUAAUCAAUAUGGGACUUUCCAUGGGUCGAAGUCUAUGGCUGUCUGCGUGGUCAGAUGCAAAUAUCGAUCCUGCAAAUCCCGAUAAAAUUGCACUCGGAGUUCGAUUGGGAAUCUUCUCAGCUUUUGGAUUCUCCGAAAUUAUUUUCCUAUUCUUAUCUCUCACGUUCUUGAUCUUGGGAGGAAUCGAAGCAUCUCGAAAUCUACAUGGUCCUUUAGUACAUAACGUGCUACGUAAUCCCCUUUCCUAUUUUGACGUUACCCCAACUGGAAGAAUAAUCAACAGGCUCGCCAAGGAUAUAGAAAUUGUUGAUCUUCAAUUAAGCGGCGCUUUCCGUUUUCUUUUUAUUGGAUUCCUAAAUUUGAUGCAGACCAUCAUAAUUGUCACUUAUUCAACACCAGCUUUCAUUCUUGUCAUUAUUCCAGUGUUUUUUAUUUAUUAUUUCAUAUUUAGAUAUUCAAUUAACAGCACACGUCAGUUAAGGCGAGUUGCUUCUGUAACAAAAUCGCCAAUUUUUUCCAACUUUUCUGAAACUCUUCUCGGUAUUUCAACAAUCCGUGCCUUUGAUUGGAACUCGGAAUUUAUUCGUAGAAAUGAAAUCCACGUUUAUAAUAAUGUUCGUUCGAGUUAUUACUCCGCUUUUGCAACCAGAUGGCUCAGUGUUCGUCUCGAAUUGCUAGGAAAUACUGUCAUUUUAGCAGCAUCGUUGUUAGCGAUUUUAAGUAAAGAUAGUGGUUUAACAGCAGGAAUGUUGGGACUUUCCGUGUCUUACAGCUUGAAUAUAACUUUUAUGUUGAACAUGUUUGUCCGUCAAAUUAGCGAAGUCGAAACAAAUGUUGUCGCAGUAGAACGUAUUGACCAAUAUUCGAAGAACAAGGGAGAGGCUCCUUGGAGGACGCCAUUCGCACUUCCGAAAAAUUGGCCAACUAAUGGAAGCGUUACGUUAACCUCAUAUUCAUGUCGUUACCGCGAUGAGCUUGAGCUUGUUCUAAAAAAUAUUGAUCUAGACAUUCAACCUGGCCAGAAAGUAGGUGUAUGUGGUAGAACCGGAGCAGGAAAGUCUUCGUUGGCUCUGGCUCUGUUUCGAAUUGUUGAGGCUGCGGAAGGCCGUAUUCAUAUUGAUGACAUUGAUACAAGGAAAAUGGGAUUACACGACUUACGUGAGAAUCUUACUAUUAUCCCGCAGGAAAAUGUUCUAUUUGCGAACACGUUGAGAUUUAAUAUUGACCCACAAAACGAAUACAGCGAUGCACAAAUCUGGAGAGCUUUAGAGCAUUCUAAUUUGAAGACUCAUGUCGAAUCUUUGCCUCUGAAACUUGAGAGUCUUGUUUCAGAAGGUGGAGACAAUUUCAGCGUUGGUCAACGACAAUUGCUUUGCCUUACGCGCGCCUUGCUCAAGAAAUCGAAAAUCCUGGUAUUAGAUGAGGCUACUGCUGGAAUCGAUAAUCGUACUGAUGCUCUGGUUCAAGCUACAAUAAGAAAAGAGUUUGCUGAUUCUACAAUUAUUACAAUCGCUCACAGACUGAACACAAUUUUGGAUUAUGACAGAAUAAUUGUAAUGGAGAAUGGAAAAAUUGUCGAAGAUGGAGUACCCAACGCUUUACUCAAUGACAAAAAUUCAAAGUUUUAUUCACUAGCAAAAUCUUCCAAAAUUGUUUCAUAA